AUAUAUAUAUAUCCUUGCGCAUGCGUCGGUCAGUACUGUCAGUGUAUGUUGUAUAACUGUGAAAUUUAAACAAAUAUCAAAGUAUGGCGGAGGGCGAGGUACAGAGGAAAAUAUUAAUAGCAAUGGACGGAAGUAAACACGCAACCGGUGCAUUUGAAUGGUUUGUGAAGAAUAUUUAUAAAGAUACCGACGCUGUGACCAUGGUAUAUUGUGCAGAACCUGGUGCCAACUUAUCACAACUUUCUCAGCUGGAAAACCCGAGUGUGAUUCCUACAAUGAUAGCAGAGCAUGACAAAGAAACUCAAAAAGUUUUAAAGACCAUAGACGAUAUUGCCAAGAAACAUAAAGUUGAACAUACAGUGGAACGUGUACACCACCGGCGGGGACGAUAGUGAAGGC